GAAAACUCCAUGGGCGCGUCCCACCCAUCCCUGAAGUCCGUGGAUUGGAUAUCCGACAUUUACCUCACGCUCCUCCACAGCGUCUCGGCUGAGGAUGCUAUUACGGCCAUCGACACGAUCGUCGUGGGCGCCAUCGGCAGUUUCGACGCCAGCCACGAAGCCGUGAAGGCGGCCUUCGGCCGCGUGGUCGCAUCGGUGCGGACCUCGAAACCCACGGGCGCCUACGAUGCCUUCGCCAAGGUCGCACUUGGGACCGCGCCCAACAAUCUGUUUUCCACAGUGGGCCCUCUGGCGGCGAAUGAAGCUGCCAAGGCGCUGUGCGAGUUCAAGGGCGCGGACGGGGUUGACCACGCUUCAACGGCGCAGCUGCUGUCGUCCGCGGCCGAGUACAUGCGCAG